AUGAUAUGGAGACAAGCGGGUAAACCCUCAGGGGAGCUCAGUGUCCGGCUGCCGGGGCAGGUGCUCCACGCGGUGCUGCAGCAGUGGGAGCUCACAGAGACCCCCCACAGCUCCCAGCCUCCACACUACUGUCACGGCCGCUUCGAUGCCAUCACUAUGGACCAGAACAACACAGUGCUGGUGUUUCGGGGAAGUUUCUUCUGGACGGUCUCGCCCACAGGAGCUGUUUCUAAAGCCGGGCCUCUCCAACAGCGAUGGCCAGAGCUGCCCACAGCCAUCGAAGCAGCUGCUUUCUCCCCCCUGGACUCAAAGCUGUACUUCUUCAAAGGGCGGAGGAUGUGGAGGUACUCCGGCUCACAUCUGGACUCCGGGUUUCCCAGAAUAACUGUGGAGUCGAACUUCCCUCGUCACCCUGACUGUGCCUUCUUCUACGCCCCUCUGGGACACAUGAUCCUGUUUAAAGGCUUACGAUACUUUGUUCUGAACCUGAGGACGCUCCAUGCAGAGCCCUACUACCCCCGCAGGCUCACAGACUGGACAGGGGUGCCUCAGGGGACCAAUGGGGCACUGACCCGCCCAGAUGGACGACUAUACCUGUUCAGAGAGCAGCGCUUCUGGAGGUUUGACCCACUCAAGGUGCGGGUGACCAAAGAGGGACUAUGGGCCAAAGAUCUAAGCUGGGCUGGCUGCAACAACAGUCCUCAGAGCAAUACUAUUCUUUGA